GUAACAGUUAUAUCGUUUAAGCAAGUUUAAUCAUUUUGUGACUGUCAAUAUCAAUAUUAUUUCUAUUAUAUCUAAAAAAUAUGUAUUUGCAUAUUAGAAUAUCAAAUUUUAUAUUUGAUUUUCGUAAAUGAAAAAAUUAAUUUUCUAAAUUGAUAUUUUUUUUGUACAAAUAUUAGUUAGAAUUGAAUAUAUUUAUGUAUAUAUUUAUGUAUUUUAUAAAAAUUUUGGUUAAUAUAAUUAUAUAUCAAUAUUUAAGGUGUUAAUUAUGCAGAAGAUUUUAAUGGUGAUUACUCUAUUAUUAUUUAAUUUUCACGAAGUUAUUCCUUUACAAUCUCAAUCAUUUUCUUCUAUUGUUAUUAUGGCAAAUUAUACAGCAUAUCAAUUUGCCAUAAAUAUUAAUGUUGAAUAUGUAUUUUUAUACCCUAUUAAUAAUGUAACUUCAAUGGAAACUGUAAGAAUAGAAGUUGAAAGCAAUGCUACAAGUAAUCUACCUCUUAUAGUAGUUGUUCGCCAGAAAAAAGAAUUCUUAUCAUGGCAAAUCCCUCUUAUAGUGAAGAGUAUGUAUUUUAAUAAUUCAGAAUAUAAUAAAACAAGUAGAACUCUAUGUUCAACCAAUUAUAAUCAUAAUGGACUAAAACAGGAAAAAGAAUUUAUGAUUAUUAGUGUAUCCACUACUAAUCAUCAAAAUAUUUCAUUUAUACUUAAUGUGACAAAAGAACAUAAUUUUUAUUUAAGUACUGGAGAAAACAAAACUGUAGAAAUUUCUCCAUCUCAACCUAUUUAUUAUGGUUAUACUUUCUCAGGACAAGUAGAAAGUUCUUCUGUAAUUGUUCAUGUCAAGUCUGAUAGUGAUAUUUGUAUGACUGUUUCAAUACAAAAUAUAUCAUGUCCUGUGUUUGAUUUAGAAAGAAAUAUUGAAUUUUCUGGAUAUUGGCAAACUGUAAUUCGACAGGGUGGUAUAACUGUGCCAAAAGAAGAAUUUCCAUUAGGCUUCUUUGUGGUACUUGUAGUAAAAAGUGAUGACACUGAUUGUUAUGGAACUCCUACUAUGAUUCCUUCACGGAAUAAAAAAGUGAUAUUAACAAUAAAUGCUAGUAUUACCAAAAAAGAUUAUAUUAUUGCUUCAGGAAUAGUUGUAUGUGUUAUUUUUAGUUUUUGUAUUACCUAUGUUGUGAGCACUGUGAUAUCAAAAGUUAAAAGAAAUAGACAAAUGAAAGAAGAGAUAUUAAAUCAAGAAUCAGAACAUAUUAAUGAACCUAUACCAAGUCCUUCAACAGUAGAAGAGUCAGGACCAGUAUCUAUAGAUGAUGAUUCUUCACUGGAUGAGGAUGAUAUUGAUAUAAUGGAAGAUGCUCUUUCUGAUAAGGAAAUAAUACGAACAAAACUUGUACUUUCUGUUUGUGAUUUAGCUCGUAAAGAUCCAAAAAUUCUUAGGCAUAAAUCUAGAUUAUAUUUAUAUUAUUUGAUAACGGUCGCUAUUUUUUAUACUUUACCUGCAGUACAGCUGUUAAUUACAUAUCAGCAUGUACUUCAUGUUACUGGCAAUCAAGAUAUGUGUUAUUAUAAUUUUUUAUGUGCUCAUCCAUUUCAAGCAUUAUCAGAUUUUAAUCAUGUAUUUUCAAAUAUUGGAUAUAUUAUGUUAGGUUUCUUAUUUAUAUUUUUAACAUCUUUCCGAGAACAUAAUGAAUUUGAUAAAGAAAAAAAUAAAUGUUAUGGCAUACCACAACAUUAUGGAUUAUUUUAUGCAAUGGGUACUGCACUUAUUAUGGAAGGAAUACUCUCAGGAAGUUAUCAUGUAUGUCCAAAUCGAAGUAAUUUUCAAUUUGAUUCAAGUUUUAUGUACAUCAUAACAGUAUUAUGCAUGAUUAAAAUUUAUCAAACUCGUCACCCUGAUAUAAAUGCUCGGGCAUCAGUUACAUUUGCAAUGUUGGCAUUCAUUAUUUUCAUAAACUUGAUGGGAGUUUUGAAUGGCUCAAUAUAUUUUUGGAUUUUAUUUACAAUCACACAUCUAUUAACUUGUCUUUUUAUGACUAUUCAAAUUUAUUAUAUGGGACGAUGGAAAUUUAGAGCUUUGUUAACAAGAGUACUACAGAAUUGUAAACAUGACGCCCGUUCUGGAAUUAGAUAUUUAUUUCGACCUUUGUAUAUAGGACGCUUUUUUAUGCUUGUUAUAGCAAAUUUAUGGAACAUUGCUCUUGCAGUAAUUGGAAAUAUAUAUCAAGAAAAAAAUUUUGCCACGUUUCUAUUAGCCAUAUUAAUGUCUAAUUUAAUUUUAUAUACUACUUUUUAUAUUAUUAUGAAGAUUUGUCACAAAGAACGAAUUCUACUUCAACCAUGUAUUUAUAUUGUUUUAUCAAUUGUAUUUUGGGCCGCUGCUUUAUAUUUUUUUAUAAACAAAACCAUUUCAUGGGAACUUACUUCAGCUCAAUCACGUCAUUAUAAUAAACCCUGCGAACUCUUACACUUUUUUGAUAGUCAUGACAUUUGGCAUUUUCUAUCUGCUUUAGCAAUGUUUUUUUCAUUUAUGGUACUGCUUACUUUAGAUGAUGAUUUAAUUGAUGUACAUCGAAGUCAGAUACCAGUCUUUUAAGGAUAAUGACAUAAACGAAGAGAAUAUUGAGAAUUUUUUUUAUGUCUCUAACGAUAUGACUGCAUGUAAUAUACAUUUGAACUUGAUAUCAAUGAAUUAAAAAUAGUAUAAAAUAUAUGUGUAUAAAGAUCA